UCUCUGAAGAAUUUUGUUUAACAGUUGCUUCCAUCGAGUAGAGCUUACAGUGCUUAUCAAAAAAAAAUAUAACACUAACACCUUUGUAUUCUAAUAAAAAGAUACGCGUGGCCCUAUUCCGUUCAAAAUGGUUGUGACGCAGCUUUAUUUUCCGCAGAGUAAGUUAAUUACGUCAUUCAAACAGGCGGAUAAAAGUGCGCAAAAUACCGAUGGGAAAAAUAUGUAAGAAGGGAAGAAUCUGAGGACAGGCAAUCCCAUGGAUUGCUUCACGGUUCAACAACUAAUCAGUAAUAAUGAUAACUCUAUUGGCGUCAAUCUAAUGCGUUGACGUCAUGACGUAACGUUAAAAAAAUAACGGUUGACUACCUGAUAAAAGGACUGAUUUUACUUUGCCUAUUACAGACGACUCGGUUGCUUAGCGCAUUAUUUUAAUAGUAGUGGUUGGUCCGUGGCAUAAUCCACAAGAAUUGGCCCGUGGUACAUAUUUUCCACGUAGGAAUUUUGCGCAUGCUGGUUCGGAUUUAAGUCGUAACAAUGCAAUAAUUACUCUGUGAAAGCUCCGUAGCACUUUGAAACCUUGCAUUUUUUACUGCGUUCCAACAGUCUAAGGCACUAAAGAUCGAAGCGAAACGACGGGCAAGUCCGUAUAAAUUUAAGUGAUGUUUUCAAACAAACAAAGAAAUACAAACAGAAGAAGAGAAAAUGCUUUCUCAUGCAGCUGUAUUUGUUUCUGUUAUUCUGAACGUUGAUUUUUAUCUUUUAUUUUCAUACUUCAUUUUAAUAUACUUAGUGCAAAGAUGAACUUUAUAAAGUUAUUUCUAUCAACAAUAAAUAAUUUAUUAUUGACAUAUAUUUAAAUUCAUAUUUUUUAUUUCGUAGGAUAGAAACCUGAUUUCUUUUUCCGACUUUCUAAUACUACACUUACACUUGAGCAUUUUUACAGAUUCAAAGAAAGUAUCCUAAUUGAAACAACUCUGGAAAAAACUUUUUUGGGGGACUUUUUGGUUUUAUUUUUUAAUCGUUUUCAUUCCGAAUCCGAAUAAAAAUGCAAAAUGUUGUGCCAACGUAACCCGUAUUUUUUUAGUUACUAUUUUUAAUACAUUGACUUAUGAAUCCAGAUAAAUUUCUCUAGAUGUGAACGCAGUAUAAAACAUGCCCAAAUAUAUGUAUAACGACUGGUGACGAAGGUGCUAGAUAUUUUUUCACUUUAUAUUUGCAUGGAGUAAAAAGAACGCAAAACACAACAACAUAAAGGAAUUGGUAAGGUGAAAAAUAAAAAUAAAUAGCGAAGACAAUCACUAGCAUAGAUAUAUUGAAAUUGUGCUGGUAAACCUUUGACAUUAUUUUUGGGUGGGUAAGUUCUAGUUCUAUUUUGCUCAAUACUACAUACACACGAUAACUUAGAUGUAUUUCAAGUCCCAUAUCACAUCUCCGAGUGAAAGUGCAAGGGUUCAAAAUCUUUAUGCCUUUUGUUUUGCUGGAAAUCUCAUCUUACUAAUUCUGCUAGUUUGAAUUUGUUUUGGAAAAUGUAUCUAAGCCAUAAACAAAAGCAUGAUAACUACGGCUGACAUUAAUUCGAUUUUAUAGUUUUUUCUAAACAGAAAAAAAUCACGCAGGAACAUAAGGCUUUUGCAAUGCCUUGUGUCUAAAGACAUUUACAAAAAAUAACGAUUUCUGGUUGUUUUCCAAGAACGCGUUCUGUAAAUAGCUUUGCUUCUGAAAUUCGUCAUUCUUCUAAAAAAAUUGCUAUACAAUUUACAGUCUAAGCAUUUUCUUAUCCAUUACGAGUUUCAUAGCUCGUAAAUAGAGCUAGGGGAAUUACUGUUGUCGUGGGUAACACGUAUUGUUUAGUAAAGAAAAGUUGUGAGCAUUCCCCUGUAAAACAAGUCCUUUCUUGCUUUGACUUUAUAUAAUCUUAUAUUUGAGUGGUACUACCAUUAUUAAGUGGUGCUACCAUUUUUAAGUGGUACUGCUAGCCUUUGUUUGUGGCACAUUUACAUAUGGAUAAAAUGUUUGAUGCAAAAAUUACAGAGAAUCAAAUGUUCCCUUGUAGCUGGCUAGCUGACGAACUGGCUACACGUUUUUUUUAUAUAAGAAUACUUAUCUUAAAAGACACAAAAUGUUCAUAAAUUGUUCCUAAUUUUUUUUCUCAUUUUAUCAUUUUUCUUAGUUUAAUUUUAGUACUUCUUGGUUUUGACAAAGCCUUAUGUUCUUAAAAUUUCCUUAAUUUUCGACCUCUGAAGCCGUGUGUCCAAAAUCGUUCUUAUAAAAAACAAGCAUAUAGUGCACAAGUCCAACAUGGCACAUGGCAUCAUUUUUUUUUCAAAGUUUUUAAUCAAGGUUUUAACUCCUUUAUCUUUUUAUUUGCAAUUUAGGAUGCAUUAAGUAUUUAUUUUAAAAAUUAUUCUUUCCUUUUCGAAAAAUGUUGAUGGAAAGUCGAUUUUUUUAAAUAUGUAUUUGGAAAUGGAUUUAGUUAAAAGUCUGUUUCCAUUCCACUUUUCUUUUAUAAGAACGCUAAGGCAAGCCUCAAAGUGUUUUUAAAGUUCUUUAAUUUUCUGCCUUAUAACAUCUGUUGUUCCAGGUACUUCGGCGAUACUUGCUACUUACACAAGUAUAAAAGUAAAAAAUUGACAACAAUGAUUGAUAAUUUACUAAUUUGUAGCUAUUUUUCAUCUUUCGUUUUUUUAAAUUCGUAAUGUUUUGUUUCUUUUUUCAUGGAAACAUAUGUAGUCAAGCUUUACAAAACCUUAUAAUUCACCUUAAACAACUUUGUCGGUUUUUAUGUUCUAAUACACUUGGUUCUGAUGAAAAAAAAAGUUUCUGGUUUGGUAACCUGCAUGGGGAUUGUUCGGGGCAAUUAUCCAGGGAGGGGGAGGAUAAGGGGAAUUAGCUGCGAAAAUUAUCCAGCAAAAAUUUUUCUGGAACUUUCAAUGAAUAUGUCUUUCACAAUCUACGUUCAUCGUGUAUGGAUAGCGAGGCAUGUAAUAAUCUGUUCCACUGCGUUUUGCUGUUAUUUUUUUUUUAGUUUGAGAAAUAUGAAGUCCUUUUAAGUGCUCUGCUACAGCCCAGACCUGCGUAGUAUGAAACUCCGUAAUUUCGAGCCUUAAUAUUUUAAUAAACUACAUCUUUUUCUUCAUAUCUUUCGUCAAUAAGAGUUUAUAAGAACGUUGCGGCUGAGAUUUUACUAAAAAGAACAAAUCAAGAACCUACUCAGCCUAACUUUCUUUAAAGAUGAAGAACAUUGUAAUGUGAUAGAGUUGCUAAAAAAAAUUAUUCUUAACAGUAACAAGCGUUUUUCACCAUGCGUUUCUUCAAUUCCAUUAACCCUAUUUAGACCGGACAUUUUGUGGUUCCAAUAUAGCCGGGGGAUGGGGCUGAAAGUCCUUUCUCUUUCGAAACUGACGAAAGAGUCGUUGUAUUGCCACAAAACAGGACAAACAUUGUUAGCACAUUGGAGAAAAAACUGGGGGAAAUUUGGAUGACGUCAUUCAGGUCAAGAUGACGUAAUCUUAUGUUUCUGAACUUGAGAAAGGGUUAAACAUUUGGUAAUAGAGUGCAAAAUUACUUGAUAGAAACAUAAAUAACGGUAAUGUAUUACUUUUGAACAGCUGAUAAGGUUAUUUGAAGAAAAUAAUUUCUGACCACCUGUUAGCUGAUGAGUCGCAAUGACAACAAACGUGACUUUAUAUCAAUUUGUUUCAUUAUUCUGAAGCUAACCACGAAAUUCCAACCCCUAAAACAAUUAUAACAAAAAAUAGGGAGAUGAGGGGAAGGUCUUUUUUAGUCACUGCCGCUACUCUAACAACAACAACAGCAACAAACCUGAAGAAACGAAGAAAUAAAGAGACAGUGCCAAUAUAAAAAAUCUCUACUACUUAACAACUAGCUGCGAUUAUUUGUUUAUAAAAAACGUGUAUCUAUAAACACUACUUUUUGUGAAACACAGCCGUAUCUAACAUCUGCGAUAAAAAUUACAUAGGUAGAACAAUACUUAGUAAAGGCUGGUUUUCACUGGAACGCUUUGUUAAAAAAAAUUCAGUUUACAAAUUAUUUGAAUUGUUUUUGAUUGUGAUAAAAAAACCACGUAGAAUUCCACAAAUUUGAUUAGUGAAAAGUUAAGCUGCCAUGGGAAACUUUUUAACCGGUGUAAGCAGAGCCUAACAAGAAAUUGUAAACAAAUCAAAAUUCUUUUAUUCUUUACUUUUUUACUUGAAGUACAACUUUUUUUAAUCGUUCACACAAAGGCACACAAUAUGUUUUUUCUAAUACAAGAAAAAAAAAUUAUCUUACGGCUUUUCAUCUUCCCUUAAAUUCGUCUAUUCUUUUUAUCAUUUAUAUUUUCGUCUUUAGAUCUACGUGCAAUAUAACACUUUAGGCAACAAAAUCUGUGCUUUAGAUAACAUAGAAAAAGGUGUUACACAUUGCAUUUCUUCGAAAAGAACAUAAUGUGAAAAAAAAGAGGAAGAAAAGACAUAAUCAUCUAGAGGUGCAGUAACUUUCAUUAAAGAUGGCAAUGAGCACAGGUGAAUUUUAUGGCAUUGCUUCACUGUUGGUUGUAUUGAUACUCCUACUUAUUAUAUCAUACUUAGUAUGGUACUACUACUGGAGACGGAAAAGACGUGGUGGGGGUUUCGAAAAACUAUCAACACUACCUGACAAACAUCAAGUUGUGAAUAAAACUCCAACCAUACAAUUAAAUACAUUAGAGUUUACUUUGCCACAGAGCAUACAUAAACGUCCCACAACCCACUUAGAGGGUUGUGACGGCGGGUUUAAUUAUCAUGUUGAUGAGCAAGUAGCCAAAUUUAAAGCAUCCAAACAAAGACAUCUAUCAGAACCUGCCAAAAAAGAAUCCGGAGUGAAAACUAGUUAUGGAUUUCUAAAACCAGAAUUGUACAAUGAUGUUGACAGCGACUACGAUUUGGAUGAAGAUUUACCUCCAGGUAAUAUUGGCAGAGUGUGGUUUAAUUUAGAGUAUGACGCCGAAUCCGAAAAACUCAUAGUUACAGUUGAAAAAAUACGAAAUUUACCAGGUAGGCAACAACGCGGAAGUUUAUCACUGGCUGCUGGAAGUUCUUGUGAUCCGUUUAUGAGAUUAUAUCUGUUACCGGACGAAAAGAGAUAUUUACAAUCUAAGAUGAAAAGGAAGACGAAGAAUCCGAAUUUCAACGAAACAUUUAUGUUCACGAUGUCUUACAAUCUGUUGAUCGAAAGAACAUUACGCAUCACCAUAUUUGAUGUUGACCGCUUUAUGCGCCAGACUAUUAUUGGUCAUGUUUUAUAUCCACUUGGUGAACUUGAUAUAACGUCGUUGACUAAAGAAUGGAAGGACGUCGAGAAAUCAUCUCAGAUAGCCAAUAACGAAGGCCGCUUGCAAAUUGGAUUGACCCACUUACCAGCUUUAAAUCGUGUAGCUGUAAAUAUAAUUCGGGGUCAGAAAAUUGGAAAUGAUGAAUAUCCGAUUCCCGAUUCGUAUGUUAAAGUGACAUAUUCCGUGCUGAACAAGGUGCACAAAAUUAAGAAAACCAGUACACAAAAACAUAGUACUGAACCUUUUUACAACCAAACUUUUGAGUUUAAAAUCGAUCAACCUGGCAUGGAGAUGGCUUGUUUAAACUUUGAAGUCUUUCAUAGCACUACGGGUGUGAAAAAUGAUAAACCAUUAGGAACGUUUCUGAUUGGUGGACCCAUGUGUGCACGUGGUAGGGAGUUGGAACAUUGGUCAAACAUGACGAUCAAACCACAAGCAGUCGUAAAAGAGUGGCAUAAUGUAAAAAUAUAAUUAUUAUUUUUUGUAUGUGUACAUAGAAAAAAAGAAUAAAUUUUGAUGUUCUUCACUUUAAGAAUUCCCCGUAAUAGAAGACCAAAUUUGUAGUAGUUAGAUCAAUUUUUUUUCGCUACUGGAUUUCUGCAGGGUUUUUUCUUCAACACAAUAUUGAUACUCAGCAAAGGUCUAUUUUUUAAUUUUGCAAUUGACGAAGGUUUGUCUUAACCACAAAUCAAAUAUGUUACAUAAUUCAUACACUUCACCAGGUAAACGUUUUAAAAAUUAGCACACGUCCUUAGAAUCACAUCCUUAAGCUAGUCUUUUGUGUUUUCAAGCCUGAG